UUAAGAAAAAGAUGGAUACCAUUAUAGAAGUGGGAAGAACAGAUAUCCUUGAAGAUAUCUCAGAAACGGUACCCCUCAAUGAAAGAAAUUUACCAAAAGCGGAAACAGGGAACUUGAAUAUUUUAAACAAUGACAUGCGUCACGAAGUCAUCUUGCUAGACAUAUCUCGCGAUAAAAAAUGGGUAGCCAAUGUAACGAAGCAAAAUGGCAAUAUUUCUAUCAUUAGGCGUAGAUUUAAAGAAACAGUAACAAGCUACAAUGAAGAAACCCCUAUUAUCCUUGAUAUUACCAAGACUAUAAAAGAUUUUAAAGGCCCUCACUGCAAGUUCUUAUCGAUAUCUCCGAAUGGUGAAUAUAUUGUUCUAUCAUUUUAUGAAAGAGUCCCACAAAAUAAUUCUGGUUAUCAUGAUCCAAAAAAUCCAUACUGCUAUGUAUUUAAGGCGAAAAAUAGUAUUAUAACUUUAUGCAAUGUAAAGAUAAAGUGUGAUGGUCGUGCUGUUUUCUUUCAUGAAAAACUCAACUCACUUGCCAUAAUCAACACAAAGGCUGUAGAGGUGUACGAAGAUUUUCCUAACAAGAAAUCUGUCAGCUAUUUGUUUGAUUUAUCAUUGUUUUGUUCGGGCGAGGUUUAUCGAGAAGGAUUUGAAAUUGACUCCAGCUUUAUCAAAUCUGUAACUUGGGUAUAUUAUGAUAACAAUAACAUACCUUCAGAUAUGGAAGACAUCAUUCAAAUUAGUCGACAUGUUCGACACAAUCUUUUGACAACACAUUUCAGAGGUGGUAUUGCUCGUGUCUGGUCUCUUCAAAAUGGUGUACGCUUAACCUCGUUUUCUGCUCCAAAACAAAGCAUUGUGGCAUUUUCUAAAAACUGCAAAUAUACAGCCACAUUUGUAGCACUUACUAAAUCUGUCAAAAUUUAUAAUGUCAAUAGUGGAUUGCUGGUUUACCAAUUGAAAUCUCAGAAAGGCUUUUCCGAAUCUUUUGCGCUCACGCAUAUCCGAUUUUGUUAUGAUGGUCGAUAUAUUGCCAUGUCGGGAUUGCAAGACAAUUGUGUGGUUUUUGAAGUAUGGUAUGUUGAGGCUGAGAAGUCUAUUUAUAGAAUAGAACGGCCUUUGGUACAUCCGGAAAGUAAUGUACGUAAACAUGGAAAUACAUCAACAGGAAAAAGAAUUCAGCCGUUUGUUGUGCGUGGAACCAAUGAAAAUAACGAAAAGUGCCUUAAGGGGAUCUAUACGUCAGUCCAGGGAGAUGAACAUGUAACAAAUUCACUUAUAUUAGAUAUUGAUCGAUAUGACGUGAGAAGGAGUAACGGGCAUCCUUCAAACCUGAUUGGCUCUCCCCAACCGAUGCUUCUUGAUGAAAAUGAAAAUCCUGUGAACAAUAUUGUUUUUAACUGGAUUAACGACGAAGGAUUGAAAACACCUUAUUACGGAGCUAAGUAUGAGCUUUCUAACAACUUACGAGAUUUUAACAGUUUGAAAUGUGGCAUUUUAAAUGUUAAUGGAAAUCAGCUUCUGAUUCGAUUUGGUCUAUAUACCGUGCAACUUUGGGAAUUAUCUGGUCCAGCUAUUAGUCUGGUCAAUCCGUCAAAUGAUUUAAUAACUCCAGCUGCUAAUAUGGAAACUGUGGCCUCCAAACAAGACGAUAAACUACUCUAUAUAAGAGCGUAUAAAGGACCGGACUAUGGUAUCAAAUACUCUUUUCGUGAAAACUGGAGAAUUCAAAGAUUUGAAAGUAUUCGAUUUAUUGGUGGGAUGGCUUCUGGCAGAAUGAUAGUAAAUAUCACGGAAAAUGAAACGAAAAAGUGUGAGCAGUUGACUCAUUAUCACACAGAGGAGUUAUUUCUACCGUUGGAUGAUUUUUCUCUGCAUACAAACGUUAAAGGUCAAAAGCCUUUUGAUUAUCAUAAGCUAGAAAGUGCAUGUCAGACACUUCAUUAUCUCACCGCUGAUGGAAUCCAAAAGAGUUUUCAGAAAGAUAACUAUCAUAUGAUACUCCGCAAGACAAAAGAAUUAAUCGAAUCAGCUGUAAAAGACAUUGACAUUGAGUCUAACUUCUUUUCGACUAUUGCUGGGAGCAGGACACUCGCUAUGUUGGCUUCGUUUAAAGAUGGUAGACAAGUUAUCAAAUCGAUUUUAGAAAAAGAGAUACCCAUAAGUAUCUUCAGUUAUGCCCGGACGAUUAAAAAGGAGCUCCCACACAAGGACAAAGAAUCAUUAAGGGAUAAAAUAGAGAGUUUAAAGGAACUUUUGGGGAUCAAGAAAGCUGGUAUCCCUGCCCCAGUAACGGAAUUCCGAUUAGCUUCAGAUUCAGCGGCAAUAACCUAUCGAAGCUCUGAUUUGAAUUUGAUAGUCCAACCACCGAAAAAUUUGGACAUGAUAGCCGGAAAUGAAAAUGUGUUAACUGUCCUCAUCGAAGAACUGGAUCACAAAUUGUACAAAUUUUUAUUCGAUCGUAUCCUAUCGGAUGCUAAAAAACUGGGCCCUGGAUGUUUCUUUGCACUUACUGACGCUCUUUUAUUUCUUCAGGAGGAAGAUGACACCGAUCUUCUGCUUACCAGCUCCAAGAAGCUUUCUUUUUUGACGAUCGACAAGAAAAAACUCGGGGUUCUAGAUUCUGAAUUGGCACAUGGUUUCAAAGUCAAAAUUUCCAACCUAAGAAAUUUAGAGUCUCGUGCAACUAUGGAACAAUUAACAAAAUACAGCGGGUGGUAUAUUUCUAUGUUUAGACUUCGGAAAAAGCUAGAUUGUCGUUUUACAAAGGCAGUCCAACUAUUAUGCGAAAUCGUAAAAUACGCGUUCCUUUAUUAUGUGAGAAUAUUUUUCAAAAAAGCACGAAAGGAUCCCAGAGGUGCUGCCAAAGUAUGCGUUGUCCCCCUUCCUCAAUUCAACAUAUAUACUGAACUCCCCGAAGAUCGGCCCAAGAAUCUAGAGUAUAAACCUGACAAUCUUAUUACCUACAAAGCAAAGAGUGCAUUUGUCAAAGUUGCUGUAGAUCAAGAUUCCAAUAAUAUCUUUAAGCAAGGUGAUACAGUUUGCGAGGUGAUGGUACAAUAUAAGUGGGAAACGUUUGCUCGCUGGAGAUUCUGGUGUAUUUAUGCUUUACACGCCAUUUAUUAUGCUUCUUAUGCCACCAGCGUUUUGUUUGCCUCAGAACUAUAUGGGUAUGAAGGAGCACCACUCAAAAUAGAGCAUCCUGGCCAGAUUACUUCGGUUUUUUUUAUGUGUGCGUCUCUUUCAGUGCUCGUCAUACAAGAGGGUCGCCAAUUUGCCAAAACAAGUUGUUUACACAGCUAUUUCUCAUCGGGAUAUAACUGGAUCGAUUUUUUUGCAUAUGUUUUCCCAGUCGUUACGCUUAUUCAAAUGAUACAUGGCGGAUCCUAUUUUAAUGAAAUUUGCAGUGUUAGUAAUUUAAUUCUGUGGACGCACGGUAUUCUAAGAUUGCGUGUAAUAUCGUUUUUUGGUAUCACACUCGAAAUCAUCAUUCAGCUUUGUAUAAGGGUUAGGGCGGUAUUUACUAUUAUGGUCCUUGUGAUUCUUGGCUUUACCAUGUCAUAUAUCAUAGCGUUGCGUUUACAACUCGACGAUUUUUUUCAAGAAAAUUAUGCUGGCGAUUACACAGUGAAUGGUAGCGAGAACCCAAGCGGAACCGUUAACUUUGUUAAUGUUAGUGCGGAUAAUGGAUUUAGUAAUUGGUUCAAAGCAUUUUACCAAGUAUGGUUCUUUGUAUACGGUGUAUGGGAUCCAAUCAAUGAUGGUGAUGCAGGUGAUAGCUUUUUAUUAUGUGUCUGUCUAUAUUAUUUUCUCUCGUUACUGUGGGGGAUGAAGAAGAAAAUUAAGAUUUGCUUACUAACAUUUUUGUAUAGCGCUCUUAUGGCUAGUACAGCAGAGAGCGUGAAGAGUCGUGGUAAAAAAGUUUGGGUGAUCCAUUUCGCCGCCGUAGUAUCUGAAAUUGAACUACUUUGGUGUACGGAAAGUACGAGACGAAGUCGACAAAAUAAUCCUUCGUAUAUCUAUUAUAUAGCUUCCGAUAGUCAAAUCAAUCAAUACGAAGAAAUACUCAAAGAGGAGAACGCAAAACUUUCGAAGGAUUUGGGUAUCAAAAAUGCCAGUGACAACCAGGGUGCUCAUAGUUGUUGCAAAACAAAAUAAUAAAAAUUGAUACACAUUAACAGAAA